AUGGGAAGGUUGGAGAAGGCUGUCGAGCAGCUAAACCGCUACAAACAGAUAGCUGCGAAGCAACUGGAGAAGUUUGAAAAGGAGGAAAAGCAUUUGGAAAGAAAGGUUUCCGAAGUCCGUAAGAAGUUCUCACUGGCUGUACCACAGGACGGUCUGAAACGCACCCCUAUUUCGUUUGACACCGAUGACGACGAAGAGGAGACGGAGGAGGACAGGAAUUAUAAGUUAUCCAUAAUCAGAUCCCAGGCAGAGAUCGUGGUCAAAACCGAAAAGCUGAACGCCAAAAUCUACGAACUGACCAGAAGGAAAGCG